AUGCCUCAGCCAGCGGCUAAGGCCAUGCCGGCCUACAGCCUGAGCGCCCAGGCUGCGCUGCUGAAAGCUGUGAACCGAGUCUUUGAACUAGACCGUGCAGUAGAGUCCCUCGAGGAGCUUUGCACGGGAGUCACCCUCGCUCACAUUCUCCACGAGCUCGACCCUGAGUUUGAUCCCUCCAAUCUAGAGACGACGGGCACCUCCACAUCUAGAUACCUCAAGAACAAGCGCAAUAUUCAAACCGUCUACAAGGGCCUUUUCCGCUUCAUUCGUCGCCAAAUUCCCAUGCUGAGUUGCCAGGCCAAAAAAUACGACUACCAUGCCAUUGCCGACAACCCAAACUCCCAGGGCAUGAGCCAGCUGAUUGCCGUCAUGGUAUCCGCUGCCGCCCUCGGUCCUGACAACCAGAGAUAUGUCCCAAGGAUCCAGCACAGUCUCGAUCGCGAUACGCAGGCUGAAAUCAUGCAGAUCAUCACCAUCGUGCAGCAGGAUAUUGCAGCAUCCAAGGAUGACGAUGACCUGGAUGAAGCUAUAGAUGCUGUUAUGGAAGCUCGAGAUAUAGACUUGCUCGUAGAGGAGCAGAAUGCUGCCCUCCGUCAACAGCUUGACGUGACCAAGAAGAACUUGUCCGACUACAUCACGCGCCUUGAGCACCUGCAACUGAGUCACGAAGAACUCCGAUACGAGAAGGAGAAGAAUGAUCGUGAGCUCGAGGUUCUAAGGAAAGCUACCCAAGAUGGGGCCAGCAACGCCGAGGCUCUUAAAAUGCUUGAGGCUCAGGUUCACGAACAAAUGGAGAUCAUCGCCCGAAACGAGGAGCAAAUUCGAAACCAUGACAAAGUCAGGGCCCAUCUUGAGAUGGAGGUUCAGCGGCUCACGCAAAGGAGCGUCUUGGCGGACGAGUUGCGAGACCAAGCUACAGAGUGGAAGCACAAGGCUGAGGAACUGGAGAAGAAAGCCAACACAGCUGAGCGUUACAAGCAGAAGCUCGAAUCCCAGCAGCAUCUCGUCAGGGAAGUUCAGAACCUCCAAUAUGAGCGUGCGGAGCUCCAAGAGCAGCUGCGGUCGCUCACUGAUGACAAGGACCGUUCCGCCCGGACGAGGAAGGCCGAAGAUGAGCUCACCAAGAUGAUAACGCAAUCCGAGCAGCAUCUGUGGGACGAGCGCAACCAGAAGUCACAACUUAUCAGGGACGUCGCUGCCCUCGAGGAUGAACUGAGGCAUCUAAAAGACCAACGCAGCCACGACGAAGCCUUCAUCCAAGACCUCCAAGACCAGAUCCAGCAAGGAACUGGAAUUCCUGGCCAGCUUGUCGCCCCAGACAGCUCCGGUCUCAAUCUCGAGGACGAGCUAAACAACGCAGCUGAAGAUGCCCAGACAAAUAUACCGUUAGAACUGUCGCGCUUGAAGUCUGAGAAUGACCUUCUACGGAGGUCUGUGAAUUCAACAGGCGAGGCCGGUCCUCUGCGGCGAGAGCUGGAAGAGGAGAAGGCCCAUCGGGAAAAUCUCCAGAAAAACUUCAACGAGAUGUUCGAGAAGUACACCAUUGCUCAUAACCAUGCCGAAGCCUUGUCGAAGAACAUGGUCGGCGAAGGGUUAGUGGAUAAUAAGGUCGACCACAGGGUUCAUAAGCUUACCAUCCAGUACUACAGGUCUGAUGCCUUUAUCGAGCUGCGGAAUCAAUACCUGCAAAAGACGGAGGGCCUCGAAAUGGCCCAGAGGCGCAUUGCGGAGCUAGAGACACAUAUCGCCGACCAAUCUCGCCAGUUACUAACUGCCAAAUCAGAACUUUCUGCUGUCGACAAGGACAGCGUCGAAGCGUUAAACCAGCUCAGGGCUACCGAUACAACGGUAUCGGAGUCCCUUAAAGCUGAACUUGAUCGGUUGCGCGAGAAGCACAGCUUCAUUGUUGGUGAACGUGACGCUCAGAAGACCCAGCUCAUCGAAGCGCUCCUUGCCAAGGACAAGUUCCGCAGGGACCUCGAGGAAGGCAGGGAUCUCUCUGACAGCAGGGGCGGAGAUGCCUCGGAAGCUUCUAAGAAGGAGAGCGACAAGGUUGAGAAGCUUCGUGCUCGUCUGAUUGAGCGGAAUGAGCAACUGGAGAAAUCGGAACAGGAACGCGUCGAACUGCAGCGCAAACUCAAGGCUGUUCUGGGCGGAGAGGCAGCAGCACAACAGAAGGCCGCCUCGGAGCAGAUCAUCAAGAACCUUGAGCGGGAGAAUUCCCUUAUGGCGACGGCGUGGUACGACGUCACCAGCCGUCUUCAGAGCAACCACGUCGUGCUACAGAGGUCGCACCACACCCCCAAGAGCUGGCUGCACAAGCAGAGGCAGAUGGUCAAUGGUCAGUUGCGCCGCCGCGACUCGCUCUACCUCUACUAA